CGACAAAACUGCGCUGGACGAUAAGGCCGACAAAACUGCGCUGGACGAUAAGGCCGACAAAACUGCGCUGGACCCAAUUAAUACUGCUUUAAAUACAAUUACUACUCCCAGUUCUCUUGGUACAAUCCCCACCUCAUGUGGAGACCUCAAGACUAUCGGAUUCGUCAAAAGCGGAAUCUUCUCCAUCAUGGACAACAAACAAGUCAAAAACGUCUAUUGCGAUUUUACUAAAACAACCGAUUCAGAGUUGCAGAAAAUGAUCGGCACUGUCGACGUAAAAUCUACAGCUAUUUAUUUCCACGCUAAAAUGACGAAUGUUUAUUCGGCUGCCCUAACCACCAUUCAAUUUAAUCCAAUCAAACUCAAUGUGGGAACUGCCCUUAACCCUGCCACUGGAAUAUUCGUCGCCCCUACACCAGGGAAAUAUUAUUUCGCAUUUUCGGGUAUUAGUGAUAGCGGCGUCAAAGCAAGAGUUCUGUUGCAGAUGAUGAAGACUGGAACAGCGGAUUGGAUCCUAGUAGGAGAAGGGUACGGUGACACCACCUUCAAGACUUUUUCCAUGCAUGCUACAUUGGAACUUGUCAAAGGCGACCAAGUUAGGCUAUACUUAUCAGAAGGAAGAAUUCACGAUAAUGUUUUACAUAAUUAUUUUAAUUAUGUCGGUUGGCUAGUGGAAGAGAACGAAUUAACAGUUUGAUUUUUUAUUGUACGGUCGUCCCAUGUAGCUGUUUUUAUCUACAGAC